GCUCUGAGGAGGUGUUGUGUGUUACCUCCUCCAGCAAUUGUCGCGCAACGUCACCGCACAACCGGAUAUCGGGGGCAUUUGCAUCUCGGCUCCGGCGGCGAAGAGGAUUAUUUCAUCACGGGAUGCGAUUGGCAGGCCUGAACAGUCUCUGCUACUGUCUAGCGGUGUUUGAGACAGUAGCCACGUGCUACAAAACGCAACCUAAUGAUUAUAUUAGUAAGCUAAGGAACGUGUAUUCCUGGAAGUCCUUGGAUUUUGUCUUUCCGAACGAUGUCGUUAGGGAGGCAGCAAUCAGGAGUGGCAGGUUCAAACCUGGAGCCGCUAUUCCCAUUGACGUCGACGUAUAUUAUGGUGUUAAUCCUGUCGUAUUUAUGGCAAUUCCCCGGCUGGAACAAGGGGUACCAAUAGCCAUAGGAUAUGUGACAGAUGCUAUAUCCAAAGAAGGUAAUCCAUUAAUUGCUCCAUAUCCUAGUUGGGAGUGGAAUAAAUUGGGUGAUUGCGAUGCCAUAACAAGUGCUUACAGGAUACAGAUUGAUGAAUGUGGUAGACUAUGGGUCUUAGAUACAGGCGUGAUUGGUGAUCAGCGAGUUUGCCGUCCGCAACUUCUUUCCUUCUGCCUGACGACGAACAAAUUAUUGAGCCGCUAUAGAUUUCCACGGGACCAGUAUAAUGAAAAGUCUCUUUUUGUUACGCCACUAGUUGACGUGAGGACAAUAGACGUCAAGUGUCGCGAUACCUUUGUUUACAUUGCCGAUGUGACUAGCUUCUCGCUAAUCGUUUACGAUCAUAUUAAUGCUCGCUCGUGGAAAAUUAAUAACAAUCUUUUUUACCCUUAUCCUCAACAUGGCACCUUCGAAAUAAGAAACGAGGCUUUCGAUCUUAUGGAUGGAAUACUCGGAAUGGCAUUAAGCCCUAUGUCAUUAAAUGGAGAUAGAAUUCUCUAUUUUCAUUCAUUAGCCAGCACAACGGAGUCUUGGGUUUCGACAUCGGUUAUUAGAAAUUUCACGCUAUUCGAAAAGAAUCCCGAUGCCGCUGCAAGAUCGUUCAAGGCUUUCCCUAUGCAAAGAACAAGUCAAUCCGCUGCUGAAUCGAUGGAUGCAAAUGGCGUUCUAUUCUUCGGCUUAAUGAGUGAACUAUCAAUUGCUUGUUGGAAUACUAAGCAUUUUCCCGAAUUUGGAGGUAAAAAUAUUGAGACACUUGUCAUUGAUGAAGAGACACUGCAAUUUGCAUCUGGUUUAAAGGUAGUGAGGGCACGAACAGGCCGACAGGAAAUUUGGGUAUCCACAGCAGCGUUCCAACGUUACAUGAGCGGAACUCUUCAUCCGAAUGAGACCAAUUUCCGCAUCCAGGCAGGAUUCGUGGAUGAAUUAGUGCGUGGUACUAAGUGUGACGUACCAGCCCUCGAUAUUUACAACCAGAACACUGGACAGUUUCUGACAGCGACGAAAUGAAGAUCCCGGUACCGCGAGAAGUCCAGCCAACGUUGGCUGCAUUAUCAACAUUUUGAUUAUGAGAGUGACGAGAACUUGCCGAAAGAUUUUUCAAAUGAUGAUAAUGUUUACAUCAAGUUCGGCCAACGGCUGUCGGUUGAAACAUCCCAUCGCUAUUGGGGACCACCAUAUUUUUCGCGGUACCGAACCUUAUCAUAUUGCCCUUACCACAAGGACAAGGUACACAAUCACGAUCGUUACUGUGGAAUAUCUACGCCGACUCUUUAUACUUUUUUUUUCGAUCACGGCGAAUAUUAA